AUUCCCGCGCCUGGUAACACUACAUCACAGUCAUAACUGCCUUGAUCUUAAUAUAUAUAUCUUUAAUCACGGAUUAUCGGAGGGAAAGUCGAGAAAAUUUAAUUGCAGGAAGGAACAAUGCAAUCCACUAGCCUUUUUCUGGCUGUGAUUUUUCUUUUAAGCUUGACUCAAAUCGAUGGCCUGCUGCGCCGCUGCUACCAGUGCCGAUCCCGCGGAGAGUUGGGCAGCUGCAAGGACCCCUUCAGCUUCAAUGCGACGGAUGUGGAGCAGGAGCCGGGAGUGGCGGCCGUUCCCUGCGCCAGCGGGUGGUGCGGCAAGGUGAUCGAGGGCGGGGGCACCUACGCCAUCGACGACUACGACCUGGCCAUCCAGCGGAUGUGCGUGCAACGCGGUCCCGACGACAACAUGGACCGCUGUGCGGACACCAUCUACAACUACAAGAAGGUGUACAUGUGCUUCUGCCAGGGCGACCUGUGCAACGGGGCGAGGAGCUGGUCCAGUCCGCCGCCGACGAUCCUGAUCCUAAUCCUGCCCCUGCUCGCCGGGAUGCUCCGGCGGAUCUGGGGCUAGACUGCUCCUGCGCUACUAGCCUGCAUUGUAUAUACAAUUUUUAAUACUCAUGAACACGAAAUGCAAUAUUUACUACUUGAAAAUACAAAUUUGUUUUGUUAAUACUCAAAA